GUUAGCUAGCGGUUACACAACGGAAGUAAUUAGCUAAACACUAAACUUAGCCGCGAAUCAGAAGCUGUCAGCGGUCACUUAUUAAAUGAUUCAGUAGCACUCAAGGGCUCAGCCAAGCUUUGGAUGGAGUCAGCACCUGGAUUUCCACUGUUUUCUCACUGUGUAGUCACAGAUAGCAACAUCACGGCUCGGGAUUCACGACAUCCUUCGUAUCCGUGAGAGAAGAAUGGUCAAAUAUUUCUCUAAUAGCACAGACAUCAGGAGUACGUGGGACCAUGUUGUCUCUGCUUUCUGGCAGAGAUACCCCAACCCGUUCAGCACCCAUGUUCUCACAGAGGACGUUGUGUACCGGGAGGUGACUGCAGACCACCGGCUCCUCUCCAGACGCCUCCUCACUAAGACCAAUCGGCUGCCUCGCUGGGCAGAGAGGUUCUUCCCCUCUGGAAUGUCCCGUUCAGUCUACAUCAUCGAGGACUCAAUCGUGGACCCUGUCACUAGGAGCCUGACCACCUACACCUGGAACCUCAACCACACAACACUCAUGUCAGUUGAGGAGCGUUGUGUUUUCCAAGAGUCUGGGGAGCAGCCGGCCUCCACCCAGCUGAAACGAGAAGCAUGGAUAUCCUCAAGUGUAUACGGCUUCUCCAGACCUAUACAGGAGUUUGGAUUGGCCCGCUUCAAGAGCAACCAGGUGAAGGCCAUGAAAGGGCUGGAAUACGCACUUUCAAACUUACACGGACUUGGCAUCAGGCUAAGCGUGGUGGAGAGGCACCCCAGCGGCUGCUCAGGGACACAGUGAAGGUGGCUACAGAGAAGGCCAAGACCCUUGCUUCAGCCGCUGCUGUCCCACAGAAACCCCAGCAAUAUGUCUGACAGGGACGCACACAUUGGACUGCAUGGAGCUCAGUAAAGAUGACAUACAAUCAACACAGUGUCUCUCGAUUAUCUUGAUUGGACUGGAGCAACAGUGGGAUCGUGCCUGUCACUGUUUUUUUUUUUUUUUUUUUCCCUCUGUAUUUCUUUGUCCUGCCAACCAGUUGCUGUGGGUUCAGCGCAGCUCCUCCAGGGAUAAGCUUAGUUGUACCUCUCUCAUUUCUUUUUCUCUGUCUCUCUCUCUUUCUUGUUUUCUGUCUCUCUCUCUUUCUCUCUUGCUCUCUCUGAGCUUUCAUAAAAUCUCAGGUACUGAACCAUUGUAUGCAACCGUCUGCCUUUAUUUAAGCUUUCAUAAAUUUACUGGUAUCAUUUUUUUUUUAUGGUAUAGAGAUAACUAUGCCAAGUGUUAAGGGCACACUUUUGGCAUGGUGCCUUGGUCUCUUAAAAGUUAAAGAUAGUAUGCAAUUGAAUCAUUACAGAUUCAUAAUCGGUAGGCAUGCCUGUUUCCUGUGCAGUGAGAAAUUUCUUCUUCAUAAAUAUUUUGGUGUUGGACUUCACCAGCUCCUCAAAGUCUUUUGUUAUGUGGGUGAGAGUAACUUUUAUCAAGGCCAGCUGGUCACGCAGUUAUGACUCGUCUUAUUUUACUUCAACGAACAUUAGCGAUGAUUAUAAUUUAAUGAGCAGAUUUGCAUGCCUUUAAGAGGUGGUUAUCCAGUUAUUAAUCUGAUUGAUCCCUUUCUCCACAGUGAUGCACUUAAGAAUGAAGCUAUUUUGCAUUCCCCCGGCUUCAUACCUGCAAAUAUCUUGCCAAUUUCAAACCUAUCACCAAAAGGUAUCUGGUUACCGAUGUUAGUACACAUCCAAAUGUAUAAAUGGACAUAAAGCAUUAAUGGAAAUUGUACUGUGAACUGUUACUUGUUAGUCACUGCCAGCAAGGCCUCUCCUAAAGAUAAUCGAGAUAUGCCAAAGAAGUAAUACACACAAACCCAGGAAAAGAUGAACAAAUGUAUCAAAUCUUUAUGCUCUGUUUGUUUUAUGAUCUGAUUGCUCUUUGACUGCACAGCAUAUUUUUAUGAGGUGUGAGACUAUAUCAUUUCAAAUUAUUUUAUGUCUAUUUUCAAGAAGCUAUCUCCCUUAUGUGAAUAUUUAUUUGUAAAGAUAAUUGAAUGGUUGCAUUCCCUUUUAGAUGGACUUGACUGGAUUCUCUGGUUGAAGACUUGAAUAACAGUUAAAAUAUAUUGUGAUAUAAAAUUAAAUAUUGUUAAGCACUUGUCAGUUCAUUCAUAAAUAAAAGUUGAUAAAUGUAUCAAUUGA